UUGUCUGACGCGGUGUGCGCUUGGCUGCUACUGCUGUACUUCUCUGUUGCUGCUUCGAUUCAAGUUUACAAUUACAUACAAUACGUAUAUACAAGCGAAGAAAAACGACGUGGAGCUGCACCGUUGCCGUAGCUGCCAUAACGUGCGCCGCUGCACCUGCCCCGCAUCGCACGAAAGCUUUUUCGAAUAUAUUGACAUACGACAUCAACAGUGUGUGCGUCCUCUCCUCUCCGUUGUCGUCGUCGCCGCCGUGCGCUCAAAGUGUGAACACGAGUACAUCGUAAUUGAACCAUAUUUAUAACGCGAUUGAUCGUGCGUGCACUUGUGUGAACAGUUCUAAUUGAUUGUAAUACAUAGUGCGCGAGUGCGUGUGUACUGCGCGGCGUUGACUCGCACCCGAUUCAAAAAAACGCAUCUCGUCUGACUUUCUCGACCCGUUGCGUCGAGCGUGUCGUAGUUCGUCACUAAGGCCACAAAGAGUCAGGGUAGUCUCCUUUUUUUUUAAAUUCGAAAAUAAUGCGAGCUGCGGUAUCAUUCUCAGCAACAGCCUCGUCGACAUUGCGCUCGGUCUUGUCCUUCGUCAUUCCAUCGGGCUCCGAUGAUGAGUUUCUCGUCCUCGAGACCUGUGCACUAGAACUGAGAGGAAUUCGCCACAGGUAGAGACUCUAAAUUUUUCGACACGUGAUAAAUUAGGAAAAUAAAAAAAAUUAUUCUCCCCCCCUCGUUUUAUCAUCUGUUGCUUUCCUUUAUUUUUUAUAUUUUUUUCGGUUUUUCGAAUUGCCAACGCAACGCCAAAUGCGAGUUCGACGAUAAAAAAAAGUGCGUUACACGGCAGUUAAAGAAAAAGCAUUGUGAUCACGUACAUAGAUAGGAAUGAAGUAAAGUAAUUACAACGAAGAACGAAACGAUUCGAAAAGACAUUGGUUGGAAUUCAAAAUUUCGAGUGCUCGAGGAAAAGAAAAAGAACGCCGUCAUCGAUCGAAGAGACAGACACACAGACUCGCUCGUCCACGGAAGAUUGAAUCGAGUUUCUGAUCAAGUCACGUGAGAGAAAAUCAAGAUGUUUAGCUUCCACAAGCCCAAGGUCUAUCGCUCGAGCACGGGCUGCUGCAUCUGCAAGGCCAAGUCGAGCAGCUCGCGCUUCACCGACAGCCGCAAGUACGAGGAUGACUUCGUCAAGUGCUUCCAGCUGCAGGAGGCGCGCUCCGGCGAGAUCUGCAACGCCUGCGUCCUGCUCGUCAAGAGAUGGAAGAAGCUGCCGCCGGACAGCGAUCGCAAUUGGAAGCACGUCGUGGACGCGCGAGCCGGCCCCGGCAUCAAGUCGAUGACUAAAUUCAAAGCCAAGAACAAGAGAAAGAGCGCCGAGGAGGACGACGAUAAUUUCGAUCAAAUAAUCAAGAAAAAGCACGUGUACAAGAGGAAAAACGUGGUUGUCGAUAACAAAGAGAAGGAGCGCGAACAGAGCCCGGCGAUGAGCGACCUCACAGAUGGUUCCAGCAGAGUUGAUAGCCCAGCUAAUGCUAAUGAGGUUGAUGAUGAUAUGCCGUCUGAUGAGCAAGUCAGUGGCUUCAUAGAUCUUGAUUACUUCAAAAAAACAAAGGUCUGCUGUGGAAUAGUAUUCAUUGGUAAAUGUAACGAACUUGUGAUUCAAGAACAAUUCUACAAACCUUGCCCUCCUUGCAUUAAUCGUCAAAAAGAGAAACGCAUGAAAGCUAUGCAAGUUACUCAAAAUUCAAAUAUCCAAACUGCAACUAGCCCAGUGCAUUCGUCGGCUUCAUCGUUAAUAAGUAGUCCAAGUCACAGUUCAUCAGCUAGCCCACCCCACAGUGAAGAUUUAGGUAUCGAAGGUAGUAAAGCUAGCGAUUCUUCAUCUGAUUCCGGCUAUGAUGAUAUUAGCCCAGUAGGAAGUCUUCUUAACUCUGAAGUCAAGAAGCCGCCACCAUCCGACGGUGCUGCCACUACUGUUGCUCAUCCAGAAAAACAAAGUGAACCAAUGGACGAAGAUAUGCCAUUUACGCCAGCUGUACGUUUAGCUGCACCUGAUGGUACAAAACUUCCAAUUAAACUCUUAUGCAAACCAAUUGGUUUUAAUUCUACACGCAACGGACCUAUAACAAAUGUACCAAAAGCAAAUUAAAUUGCGUCCAGACAAUCGUCGUUCAAGCGAAAAAUAUAUGGAUUUGAGAAAUUUAUCGCAAGGGAGGUCAAAUUUAGUUCAAGUUUUCGUCGGAAAAAUGAAUACAAUAGCUUUCGAGUUGAUUGUAAUUCGACAUUGUACAUAGUAAUUCAUACACAACAUAAAGAAAUCUGGAUAUCAUUAAACCAAAGAGUUGCAGCUUUCUCUCUGCUCUCUCAGCAGUAAAGUACACACACAUCGCACGAAGCUAGCAUGCUUAAAGCUACCUAAAAGCUAUCUAAAAAUGUUUGUGCCAAAAGCAACCAAAGCAUUUCUUAAUGGUAAUUGUUGUUUGUCAUUAAACAGUUGGUAAUUUUUAUAUCGAGAUUGGCUGUGAGUUUUAUCAAUUUUAUUAACGUUGAACGAAUUGACAAAUAAAAAUAUGUGAAUUCUUUCAAGUUCGUAAGUUCACUUGUGGCUCGUCCUUGUUAAUGACAAACAAUUAUGAUGUGAUAAUUAGAUGUGCUUUGAAUGCCAAAUUAAUUAAAAUAUUGCAUUGAGGCAUUUAAAUGAUUUAAUGUUGCGAAAUUUUAGAGCGUUCUAAAAUCAAAUUUUUAAAAUGAAAUACUAAUAUUUAAUGAAAAAGAUUCGAAUAUAAUCAAUGAUACAAAUGCAACGAUGUCCAAAGUUAACUAUCACAUGGUACCUUGUAUGAGUGUAAAACAUUAAUGUUACCUAACAAUCAUGCUUCACCAAAUACAAAACAUUUCUAAAAAUUCAUAUUUGAACAAUAUUAUGGAAAAAUACUUCUAAAGGCAGUUGUUAUUGAUUAACAAUUAUCACGAAGAAGACCAUAAAAUACGUUUUUAUAGAAUAUUUAUUAACUUUACCGUAAUUGAAUAAUUAAUAUAAUAACUGUUACAUUCCUAUAGUGAGUACCAAUUUAAAUUUGAGCACAACGAUGCACAAACAAUGUUCCAUUACAAUUAUUAAAGUAUAUCGUGUUAUACAAUCGACUUUCAAUGCAUAAUCAACUGUUCUGUGAUGUACAGUAAAGAACAUUUUUUAAAAGUAUAUGAUGUAUUUGGUAACUUUAAUCAUGCUUUCAAUAGUAUAAAACGUGCAAUAUUUAAUUUUAGGGUUGUGUGUACUUUACGUGUUACAGUACGUAACAUUGUGGUGGCAAUGUACAUUUUAAAUUUAACAAUAAUAUUCUUGAGUAAGCGUCAUACAUUUUUCAGUAUAUAUAGAAUAUAAUUUUACCUUUGUCUUAAGGGGUGUUCAAAUCAAUGUCUUUUUAAUAAGUAUGCCUACUCGUACAACAUUAAUGUGUUCAUCUGAAGAAUAAUUUGACGCUUGCAUCAAGAUUCGAAAUUUAAAAAUGAAAUAUAGUAAACUAAAUUGAAUUGAAAAAAUUGAAAAGGAAAUUUUAAACAUUCAAACAACCACUGUGUUCAAAUCUGAGUAGCUGCAGCUCAAAGAGUAUUUGCUUUAAACCAUUAAAUUGAGUGUCAAAAAUUAUUUACAUUACUCACUUUCAAAUAGAAAUAUUAAAGGAUUGAGAGACUGAUCGAUGUAUUAAAGUAAUACAGAUACUUCUUUAUGGAGAAAUAGUAGUGCAUAAGUGAAAUGAUUGCAUUCGAAAACUCGUUAUAUACAUAUAAAAUAUUUUAUAUUUAUAUAUAUUCAAAAAAAUUAUUAAUUUGAUAUGACGACCGCCAUAAAUGAUAAAUUUAUUUCGUUGUAUCAAUUGGUGAUACUUUUUGAUAUCAAAAAUUUGUAAAUAGUGUUUAUAUGUUUGAGAUUAUAUGUGUAUAUGUCUGUGAGCAAGUAUGUUUAUUUAAAUAUGUAUACAAGUGAGCAUGGAAUUCAAUAUACAAAUAUUCAUAAACUGAUAAAUGAUAAUCACAAGUAUAAAAACAGUUAAUGUCUUUUUUUUAAUAAUGUUUAAAAAACUCAAGGCAGCAAUGCAGUGUCAAAAUUUCAAACGUGUAUUGUUUCAGAAAAUAACUGUUUGCUAUAUGUGAAACGUAAAGUUAGUAAUUAUUUAAAAAAAAACGUGAUAAUAUUGUGAAUGUGAUUAUCUAUGACUAUGUAUCAUUUGGUAGAAGAAAAUUAUUUAUUUAUGUAGAUAAAACGGUACAUGGUCAUUUGUAAUUAAUAUUAUUAAGAAAAAAUGCAUAAAAUUUUAAAUUAUGUGUGCAAUAAGUUUAUUUGUUAAUUUGUCAAGAUACUUGACUUAUUGUAUUUACAAAGUUAUAACAUUUUUUGUUUGCAUCUAAUUAAAUCAUGCAUAAAUUAUUAUAACCACGCAGGAAAAAUAAACAAAAAAUUUGAUAAUUUUGAUUUACAUUUUAAUUUUUUAGCUGAUGAAAAAAAUAAUCAUUUACUUUGUGACCGCAAGAUAGCAAGCACAUAUUUUUUGCCAACUCAAAGAAUAACUAAUGAAAAAUGAUUUUAUAAAAGUUUAGCAGUUCAAAUGAAAUAAUGUAUCAUUGAAAUAGUAAAAUUAUGGAAAAGAAUUUCUUAUUAUACAAUAGCACAAGCAACAAAAGUGAAAUGAGACUAGAUAUAUUUUUGGCUUCGUCCAAGUUGUUUCAAAUUUAUUCUUGAAAUCAUGUCAAUCAACGUGGAAAAUCGCUAACAUUUUAUGUGUCUAAAGUAUAAGAGUCAUAAACCAAUGUAAAUGCUCACUUAGUUACCUUUAUUUAUGGUCAAUUCUCAUCAUGUAGAGAAUUUUUUUUACCUUACCGUAGUAUUUUAAGUACAGGAUUUGAACAUAUUUGACUGUUAUAUGAUCAUUCAUUUUUUCUAAUGCAGAUUGACAGUAUCAAAGCUACGGUUCCACGUAUUGGAAAACUAAACCCAACUACGAAUAUUUAUAUUUAUUUAUUUUGCUCAUAUCAUUUUUGUUCAAGUAUAAAAAUGUAUACUUUGGCAUGUGAAUACCGGAAAAUUAAUUUUUUUUUCAACCAUGUUACUGUACCGUUAAUUUGUACUCUUUUAAUUCGAAUAUUGGUGCACCUUAAACCAUGAAGUACGCAUAAAAAAAGCGUGUGUUCAUGUAAUUUGUAUAUAAAUUGAUAUAGUAUAAUUUAAAUAUACAUCACGUAUUUAUGUAAUUGUAAUGUAUUUUUAAGAAUCAUUUAUGAAGAAAUCCACACAAGUAAGAUAGACGGCAAUAUGAGAAAAUAGCGUUGAUUGUAAAAGAGUCGUUGCGUAUUGCAAUAUUUAAAGCGCAUCGAUAUUGUUCUGUAUCAAAUAUUGUACAUACAAAUCAACGAUGUAAUACAAUUAUAUCAAAUAUCUCGUUGAAUUUUAAAAAAUUGUCAAUGAGUUAUUCGUGGUUUGGAUAGGGACGAAACUCAAAUUCUCGUUCAGAACGAAUGACUGCGAAGCAAAAAGUUUAUAAACAAGUUAAUUGCACAUGUGUCACACGAAAGUUAAGUUAACGAUCUCCGAAUGAUCAGUUGGUACUUAAGGAAGGGUGUUUGAACGUGACCCCGUACUUUGACAUAUGUACGAGAGAAAAAAGAAAAAAGAUUGAUAAGAAAAAAAACUCGUAUUUACAAUGUCGGUCGAAAAAGAUAAAAAUCGUUAAAUAUGAUUGUGCAUAUUGAUAUUUAGAGAGUUGAAACAGUAGGAGAAAAAGCUUUAAUGCUUGGAGGUUGGUGCAAAAAAAAUCGUUAGUAUAUAUGGAAUUGCAUUGGCAAUCGGCAAUCGGUUGAUCUCAUGUAAGUCUUGUUUGUGUGUGAUGCUCAUUGUGCGUCUUUUGGUUACCUAAUUAAAGUCGUUCGUGUCGUUUUAACGAUUAAGUCGCACGCCAAGAUUUGAGUAAUAACAAUGGCCAAAGUAGCAUCAAAAGUGCAUUUAUUUGCCUUAACGAUACACAUCAAAUGUUUGCCAUGUUUUUUUUCCUUAAAGUGUAAAACAAAGCGAUAUAUUAACAUUUUCAAAGAUCAAACUUAUACAUCACCGAAUGUCGUUCUCCAAGUUUUUUACGAUAAACUUGUACAUAAUUACAAAGUACUAAUACCGUCGUAAACCACUAUUUAUGUAUAAAAAAAAAUAAUUUUAAGGAAACAUGCAUUUUUCUUUUGCGAUAAGUGGCAGGGUGUAAAAAAGCCAUUAAAAGAAAGCAAAAUUUUCGUAUUAUCAUCCCACCUAGUGAUCUAUUCAUUUGAUUUUAUUCUUCUAAAAAAAUUAAUGUUAUUUAUCGCCUUAUAAAAUAAGAGUGUUUCGUCUAAUUGAAUAAUAAAUCUUUAUUUAUUUAUUUUUCGCAUCUAUAUUCGAUAAAAUUAAUAAACAAUCGCAUAUGUAAAUCACAUUUCUUAUGAAGUUUAUGAAUUUUCUGAAACGAAAAAAAUUACAAUUUUAAUUGCGCAUGUAAAAGAUUAAGCAUUGAUUUUGUAAAUUACAAUUAUAAGUAACGAUCUGAUUGUCUGAUAUUAUGUACAUGUUAAGCCAUUGAAAUCACGGUGUUGAUACUUCUUCUUUUUAAUUUUUGUAUUACAUAGGUACCACUUUGCUGUCAUACAACCAUCAAUAUCGUUAUUAGUGCUUUUGUACAUUGCGACAUUUGACUGUUACACACACACAUUAUUUAUAAAUCAAUUAUAUUUUCAAUUUAUUAUC